AGUCUAAAGCGUUUCGACAUGGCGGCUGUGUGUGGGCAGCAGCUGUGUGGGUCAAUGUGGCGCUCUGGCUCGUUGCGCGGUCGGCGCGGUGGCCAGUGGUGUGCGGCGAGUUUUGUUCUAGUGAACUUCAGGACUUCUAGGCCAAAUAUGUGUUCUAACUUAUAUACGUGCAGCAGUAAGUUCAGUACAAUGCAAGUGAGACGUGCGACCAUUCUUCCUGGCUCGAAAAACUCCGGCACCAAAUCAGGUGUGCAUGUGUCAGCUGUUUUCAGUGACAUAUCUUGUUGAUUGUACAGAGCGUACAGCCAUGUCAGCACCACCAUGGAAGGAGGCAGCCAGCCUCAUCGUAGUUAGCCGUGCACCAUUGCGAGAUGUAGUGGGAAAAGACUUGGCAACGGCUAUGAUGGCCACCGUGUGGAACAACCAGACUGAGCGUGUGUCACGCUGUGACUACCGUGUGCUGAUGGUGAAGCGUUCAAGCCUGAGCUCGUUCAUGGCCAAUGCUUAUGUGUAUCCAGGUGGCCUCUGUGAGCCAUGUGACUUCUCAUCUGAUUGGUGGGAGGUGUUUGCAGCUGUGGGUGCCACAAAAGAAGCACUUCUCAGGGAUGUCUGCAACAAGGCUAAGGGUCCACGGCCUCCAAUGAUUACAAAGCCCAUGACAUUGUCUCACAAUCAGCUCAGUUCUGAAAACCAUUUGCCAGGUGACUUGGCUUACCGUAUCUCUGCCAUUCGGGAGACUUUCGAAGAAACGGGAGUCCUGUUGCUGACGCAAGCUGCCCCCGCUCGCGGUGAAGCUAUUCUCGCAGAUUCUAUUAGUGAAGGCAUAGACACAACACUGUGGCGGCAGCGGUUGCGAGAGGAUCCUGUGAACCUGUUGCGCAUGUGCCGGGAAAAUCGUCUCUGUCCUAAUGUCUGGGCCCUACAUGAGUGGUGGGACUGGUUGACACCCAUCUCGGUGGGUCACCGGCGUUAUGACACCAUGUUCUACAUAUGCUGCAUGGAUAAGCAGCCACAGGUGGUGCUCGACCAGAGUGAAGUCAUUACACUGAAGUGGUGUACCCCUGAGGGCAUGCUGCAAGACUACUCCACCGGGGCGGUUUUCCUGGCGCCUCCACAGGUCUACGAAACCUCGCGGUUGCUGAACGUGGCAAGUUUCGCAGAGCUGAGCCAGUUCGCCUACCGCAGGGGCGCCGAAGGCUGCGAGCAGUGGAUGCCCGUCAUCGCCUCGGCAAGUGACGGCGCGUUGUCCCUACUGCCAGGUGAUGACCUGUACCCUGAGGAGCCCGACUAUUUUGGCAAGGGCCCUGGUCCUGAAUACCCGUUCAGCCUUGAGGAGCUCCGCAACCGCUGCCAGAACCUUCAUCGUAUGGAAGUGCAAGGCCCCCUGUGCACAGCAUAUUCUAAUAUUGAGCCUCCCAGAGGUCACCUACAGCCACAGACCUUUAAUGGCACUGCAUCCAUGGUGCCAUCCAUGCUUUGACAGGUUUCUUGGCAAAUUGAGCUUCUUUCACUGCAUCUCUGUACAUUGUAUUGCUCAAGCGGCUGGGUUGCACAAGAAACUAAGCAUUGCUGUCUAUUUUGCAAUGAUGCUUUCUCUUGUCGCGCAUAGUGCAUGUUGUCUAGCUUGGCUGUCCAGUUAAGGUCUGAAGUUACUGUGAGGUGUUUAAGCAAUUGCAAAGCUUUGUUACACUAAGCUUUAGUCACUUUUGAGAAGGUACUCUUCAUUUUGCCAAGGCAUAUAUAGAAAGGCCGAAAUUUCAGUCAAGUCUUUUUCAACGAUUUCUGUGACUUGAUAUGCAGAAGCACUUCAUAGUUGUUUAUGCUGUGAAAUGCCCUCAUUUACGACAACCAAUGGGUGCCAGCAAGGAAUUGCUUUCUUAAUGUGAGCUCUUUGGCUUUGCUGUGAUUUAUUGGCUGGCCACACUGCUAAAUGUAGUGCCUUACUUAUUGUACAUCUAUAAUUGCUGGAACAUUGAGUGUCUGCUGCACAUUCCACAAAAGCAAUACAUAGCUUGGCAAUAUUGGGAGUAAGAUGCUUUGUGUGCUGCAGUUUCACAUUUCUGUUAAGUGGGUCUCAGUGUGUUUUAGCAGUGCCAAGCUGCAAAUGGUAUUUAGAUGAUG